AUUCUGUGAUUGUGGAAAACUCGCGAGAGCCCAUAGGGAGUAACGUUACUUCAUCAUGGCAGGCAAUAAGUUGGCAUUAGAGGGAAAAAUAAGUAUUAUAAGCUUUCUUUUAGGGCUUGGCGUUGUUAUAAUUCCCCUUAUUAGAACAUUCGCUGGACACCUUGACUGGGUAUUCGACUAUCUCACUGGAGUGAGGGGGAAAAUAGCUAUUGCGGUGUACAUCGCUGUUCUCAAUGGCUUCUUGCUAAUCAUAUAUAAGGGACCUCUAUAUAAGGUUGCUGUGCGAGCCUGCUUCCUUGGUUUUACUUUUGGGUGUGGCUUGAUCAUAAGCUUUUCCCAAACUACAUGGACACACUUUGGCUGGUACAUGUGUUCCAUGUCUUUCUUCCACUACUCUGAGUACUUGGUGACGGCCAUCAUUAACCCCCGCAGCCUGUCUCUGGACUCAUUCCUGCUCAACCACAGUGUGGAGUACACCGUGGCUGCCGUCUCCUCGUGGGUGGAGUUCACUAUAGAGAAGCUCUCUAUCCCAGAGCUGAAGCAGCUGAGCUGGCUCAGCCUGGUGGGCCUGGUGAUGGUGCUGUGUGGGGACUUCCUGCGUAAGUCUGCCAUGCUGACGGCUGGCUCUAACUUUAACCACAUCGUCCAGAACGAGAAGGCCCAGAGCCACGUGCUGGUCACCGAUGGGGUCUAUGCCUUCUUCAGACACCCGUCCUACGUGGGCUGGUUCUACUGGAGCAUUGGCACACAGGUGAUGCUGUGCAACCCUGUCUGCAUCGCGGGCUACACCAUGGCCAGUUGGCGCUUCUUCCGUGAACGGAUUGAGGAGGAGGAGCUCUCUCUCCUCCAUUUCUUUGGAGAGGACUACCUGGAAUACAAGAAGAAGGUGGGCACCGGCCUGCCCUUUAUUUCAGGCAUCCGCAUCAACAGCUCCUAGGUGUGAGAGAUGGGGUCCUGGAUGUAUGAACAUGGCAGACAGACAGGCACUGUGAGGGGCAGCCCUGGUCAGCAUACUGUGGAUUAGCCCUUGUGGUCGCCCGCCCUGGGUGGGGGUCUAGAGCUCACGGAGACUGACACCUAUGAGCGUGGUAAAGGGCUCCCCAAAAACCUGGGUAGACGGACUCACUCAAAAAGAAACAACACCCCCCAAUGUUGUAUAUCUAUUGCACACAUCCAACUGCCUCUUUGGCUUGGUUAGUUUGACUACUAAGAGUUUUUUUUUUUUUCAUCUCCAAUGUUUCCCUUUUCUGUGUAUUCCAUAGGGAGGAGUUGAGUUUCUUCAGUGGAUGCUGAAUGGAUUUUUAGCUUGUGUUACUGAAUCAAAGUGCUGUAAUGAGCCUGGUCGAGUGUCUGCUAUUCCUUGUUUGUCUGGCUUAUCACUAAGUCAUCAUUAUUAGGUCCCAGCGUUUACAACAAUAGUUUUACACAAGAUUAGGGAUGCACAAUUUCAACUGACCUCGUACAUAUUCUUUCCCAGUAGGUAAAUCUGCGCUAAGAAGCAUUUAUUUCUGUGUGACUGUUGUACAUUUACAAACAUUUCCCAAAAUGGCGGCAAAGUGGUUGCUUGCAACAUGGUCUUUGCCCCAUAAGUUAAUGAACUUUUCAUAAAUUAUAAAAUGCCUUUUGAUGGUAAUCAAAUGUCAAAAUAUGCCAUGAGAAAAUAUUGGUUAUAGGUAACAGCCCAGAAUUUCUAUACUGAUGCAUCCUUACCCAAAAUGAUUUAUUUUAAAUGUGUUGGAACCGGUUCAGGGAACAAAACUGGAAAAUAAAAUGAAGGAACUGAAUCGGGAACGAAAGC